CUUUACUGUUGACAUUGCCGAAACAUGUUGCGGGGCCACAAGUGAAAUGUGAAGUAGUCUAACUUUAGCUCUCGCAAUCGUCCUUUCCCAUUUGGAACAAAGGUCAUGUCUACAUUGAACGCGGAACCAUCAGGCGAUACAUGACACAUGCUCACGUGACAGUAUUUCAUCACUCAGCAGUGCGUCCCGACUCCGGAGAUCUUGAAACUUUUCUGCUCAUUGGGCCAAGAGACUGAGAGCUGAAGUACAGUGGCUGUGCAUGUCUGUAGUACUGGCUGAAGGACCGUGUAAACGCGGCUUGUAAAAGGAUCCCACCGUGGUUGGUCGUAGUGUAUAGAGAGGAGCCUACUCCGCUCUCCAGGCUCCUCAGCCAUGGGUCUGCUGGGCUACCUGAAGAGCCUGUUCAUCCUGCAGUUGCUGAUGGGCUUUGUGUUCGUGGUGAGCGGCCUCAUCAUAAACUUCAUCCAGCUCUGCACAUGCAUCCUCUGGCCGAUCAACAAGCAGCUCUACCGCAGAAUCAACUGCCGGCUCUCCUAUUCCCUCUGGAGCCAGCUGGUGAUGCUGCUGGAGUGGUGGUCGGGCACAGACUGCACCCUAUACACUGACCAGGCUACGGUGGACAAGUUUGGAAAAGAGCAUGUCAUCAUCAUCCUCAACCACAAUUAUGAGAUUGACUUCCUCUGUGGCUGGACCAUGUGUGAAAGAUACGGUGUCUUAGGGAGUUCAAAGGUGCUAGCCAAACAUGAGCUACUGAAAGUUCCUCUGAUUGGCUGGACCUGGUACUUCUUGGAGAUAGUCUUCUGCAAAAGAAAGUGGGAGGAGGACCGAAAUACUGUCUUUGAAGGACUUGGCAGGCUCAAAGACUAUCCUGAAUUUAUGUGGUUUCUGCUGUACUGUGAGGGCACCCGCUUCACAGAGACUAAGCACCAAAUUAGUAUGCAGGUCGCAGAAAGCAAAGGUCUGCCCAAACUCAAGUAUCACCUGCUCCCCCGAACCAAAGGAUUCACCACCACACUGCAGUGUCUUAAGGGCACAGUGACUGCAGUUUACGAUGUGACUCUGAACUUCAAAGACAACCAGACUCCCACUCUCCUGGGCAUCGUCAAUGGCAAGCAAUACAAAGCUGACCUGAGUGUAAGGCGAUUCCCUGUGGAGGACAUACCAGAUGAUGAGAAAGAGUGUGCCAACUGGCUACACAAGCUCUACCAGGAGAAGGAUGCCUUACAGGAAAUCUACAGCAAGGAAGGCAAAUUCCCCGGACCCACAAUAAUCCCACCUCGUCGGCUGUGGACGCUGCUCAACUUCUUGUUUUGGGCCACCCUGCUGCUUUCGCCCCUCAUUAAAUUUGCUUGUGGAGUGGCAGUUAGUGGCUCCCCCAUUCUCAUCAUUGGCUUUAUCCUCUUCCUCAUCAUAGCCUCCGUAGCUAUCCGUCGUCUCAUAGGGGUCACCGAGGUGAAGAAAACAGGCUCCAGUUACGGCAACCCGGAGACCAAGAAACAAAACUGAAAUGUGUCGCCCCUCCAUGUACGGCCGUCUCCGUACAGUCACCCUACGGUGUCUCACCCCUACCCAACUCCAUUCUCCUCCUGUUGAGUCAGUUGGUAGGCGGGGAGGAGACCCAGCUGUGAAAACAUAAUAGAGACCAGAGUUAGAAAUACUAAUGGCACUAGAGAGAGAGAGAGAGAGAGAGAAAGAGAGAGAGAGAGCAUGGAAGGUCUGGGGUUCAAACUCUCUGGUGUAACACAGACCACAAGGAGGGGGAGAUGCAGUACUUUAUUCCCCUGCAUCUUUCUUAAUCCAGCUAGCGACCCGCUGUCCCUAUUAAACCUUGGUAACACCCAAGGUUAAGCUCCUUCCCCAUCCGAGGUCACAUGGACAGCCAGUCAACUUGUCCUCUACAGCAAACUAGCCCAUUUCCUGCUUUGCGCUACCGACCUCCGCCUCCUGUCACCGUCAUCAGCCAACCAGGGAGGGGCAACACGCUCACUGUUUUUGAUUACAACACAAGCCGAUCUACAUCUGAUCUUUUUUCAUCUUAAUCUCCAUCCAGGGGCAGUGUGUUUCUGCAGCUGACAUCUCCUUCCCCCCCUUUUUUUGUCCACUAAGUGGGGCUUGUAAUUGGGAACCGGUGCCUUGAGGCCCAGCCUGGUUUUCCUUGUCUUAAAGGAUCAAUUCAUUUAAAUCACAAAAAAGUGACCACUUAACAUUGUGGUUGUUAGCCAUGCAGAUAGUUUUGGUUUCAGCUGCCAACUCAUUACAACAAUGGUGAACAUUAUUUUGUUCAUGGUGUUCAAAUUAGUGUAAAAUAACAUUUUAAAAGCUCUGCAUAAGCUUGUUUUUCCGGAAACAAUCAGUGGGACGUCAACAGUUUUAUCAGACGCUUAAUUGGAAUGUAAAAAGAAGUGAAAGUGUCCACAUGAACAUCGUUGGAUUGUCCAAGUAACUGGAAGAUUAUUUCUGGAAACAUACAAUUAAGUUGAGUGUUUAAA